CGCCUCGUUAACAGUUCGUAUUGCUCUCGGCAGUGAUUCAAGUUAAAAUAGUGUCGUUUAGACGUUAGCAUACUUUGUAAAAAUUGGCAUAGUAUCAAAAGGCCUUACUCGGGUAAGCGUGUAUGUAGUCUAGUGUCGGUAACUUAGCUGUGGGAUAUCUGCCGCAUUUACAGAGUAAACUAGGGUUGAGAUUCAGAGAUUGUUAAGUUCAUUGUUUUUUGUUUUUGUUUAUUCUAGCGUUAUUAUAAACACAGAUUCAAAAAUGGCUGCUUAUAUUGAAGCUUGCAGAAGAAAAGCCCCAACAAUCUCUCCAUAUCGUAUAAGAAAGAAAAAUCCGCUAGAUGCAGGUGAAAGGACCUUAAUAGAGGACUAUAGACUCAAUAAAAAAUUAAUAACAGAGUUGUGCCAACUAUUACAUCCAAAACUGGCACCCUUUACGAGGCGUUCACGUGCACUGUCGGUGGAGGAGCAGGUCCUAAUAAGCCUGAAGUUACUAGGCUCCGGAAGCUUCCAGUCUAGUGCAAAGGAUAUUAUUAACGUCUCCCAGCCAACUGCUAGUAGAGUUUUUUCUAGAUUUCUUAAUGCCCUAGGUGAGCUUGCAAAUGAUUUUAUACAUAUGCCAGAGGAUCCAUUUGAAACCAAAAUGAACUUCUAUAAUAUAAGCAAGUUUCCAAAUGUUAUUGGUGCUAUCGACGGGACCCAUGUGCCCAUUAUUGCUCCUGCUGCCAACGAACAUCUUUACAUUUGUCGAAAGAAUUUUCAUUCCUUGAAUGUACAGGCAAUCUGCGAUGAAAAUAUGAUCUUCACAGACAUUGUGGUCAAAUGGCCUGGCUCGAGUCAUGAUUCGUUCAUAUUACAACAAUCCAACAUAUAUGACAAAUUCGAAAGUGGCCAAUUUGGUAACAGCUUGCUGCUUGGGGACAGUGGAUACCCAUUAAAAAAAUGGUUGAUGACACCAAUAUCAAAUCCCAAUGGGACAGCCGCUGAAAGAUAUAAUAUUGCACACAAAAAGACAAGAGUGAUUAUCGAAAAAGCAUUUGGAGUGUUGAAGCAAAGGUGGCGUAUUCUUGAUCAUACCGGGGGCAAAUUGUGCUAUACACCAUUGAAAGUUGCGAAAAUUAUAGUAUGCUGUGUUAUUCUACACAAUAUGUGCAGGAGAAAUAAUGUUCCUCUGCCUUCCAAUGGGAGAAUUUACCCUGUACCAGACACAGAUGACACUGCAGCACAAGAUGAUUUCGAACCCACUGCAGAGUCCGUGCGUUCGGCCAUAGUUUCAAGUUUUAGUUAGUGUAUCGUCAAAAUUUUUGUGUGCUUGCAGUAAGGGUGUUGUCAAAAACUUAAUACACAUGAAAUUGGUGACAAGCGUGACGUCACCACAGAUUACCUCAUACCCUUGCGACAUGUGUCAUGUACAUUUCAGAUCGAGUCGAUUUGAAUAUGGCCACUCUCAGCUUGGUUGGGGCUGUUUGUGUCACAAUAUCAAAUUUGAAUAUUCGGAACACUUCGUCAUUCAAUGAUUGUGACAUAAGCAGCCCCAACCAAGCCCUUAACUGAGCUGGGAGUGACCAUAUUAAUAUUGACACAUCUUUCUGAAAUGUUUGAUAGACUUGUCGCAAGGGGAUGGCGGAAUCAGUGAUGACGUCACGCUAUUCGCCAAUUUCCAGGUUGUAUCAAGUUUUUGACAACUCCCUGGCAGCGAGUCAUAAUCCCCCUAUACAUGUUGAAAAAGUAACGUGAAAUUAAGUCUUCAAAUUUCUUUAAGAAAAUAAAUGAGUCUCAAUUUUGCGUUCCUUUUUCAAUUUUUAAGUACCGGUAUUAAAUUUUGCGUUGGAGAGUAUACAAAAUAUGAAAACUCAAAAUCGUUUACUUAUAAAUAACACACUUUAAUUUUAAAAGCUGCUGAACAUAAAUUUUUUAAAAAGUAACACUUGGGCUUGACCAUGUCAUUCAUCAUCUUCCGGAAUUUCUUGCAAGUCACUAGAUUCAGAUAUUUCAAUGGAGUUUUUUAUUCAACUUAAUUUUUACACCCACAGUUUGAUGUUGAGAAAUAAAGAUCUUUGGCCUGUCCUGUUUCAUGGGAAGGGCUCAUUUUAAAAUUCCGGCUAGGUCUUAUUUUUGGGAAAACACAUAAAUAAGAAACCCAAAAAUAAGACCUAGCCGGAAUUUUAAAAUAAGCCCUUCCCAUGAAACAGGACAGGCCAAAGAUCUUUAUUUCUCAACAUCAAACUGUGGGUGUAAAAAUUAAGUUGAAUAAAAAACUCCAUUGAAAUAUCUGAAUCUAGUGACUUGCAAGAAGCAAGAAAUUCCGGAAGAUGAUGACAUGGUCAAGCCCUAGUGUUACUUUUUGAAAAAUUUAUGUUCAGCAGCUUUCAAAAUUAAUUAUGUCAACAUCUACGCCAGAGCUGUAUUUUAUCAUUUUGUUGCUAUGUUUUAUUGCAAUAAAGAAACCACUUUGAAUAAUA